AAUCUCGCGACGCAACAUGAAUCUCUCGGAGCCUACAACGGCUGCAUGCAGGUUACAUUAAAAUUAAUAAAUUUUCCCACUAUUGUCUGACGGCUGCUUUUUCGACUGUAUGUAAUUAUUUUUCUAAUCUACAUCUGUAACUGCUCGGCCAGUUAAACCGUUUCGGAAGAAGUGUUUUAGUCGGAAUUCACAGUUUUUCACGUGUCGCAUCAGAAAACUCCCUGAAAAUGGAGUGUCAGCCCGAAGAAGAAACAGCGAAAUUUCUGUUGGACGCGUCUCUGCUGUACAAGGAGAAAUGCCCGGAGCUCUCACGGUUCUUACUGCAACCGCCCCUGAAUGCUAACGCCCCAAUGAAGUCCAAAGUCUCCAACCUGAUACGAAACACCUUGAUCUGCCCGUACUGUUGUCAGUGGCUGCUGCCUGACAAUCACCGGAUGCGACUGUGGCCCAAAAAGCGUCCGUCAGCACGGGUGCAGAGUGUCCUGCUCAGGAAGGCCAGAGGCAAACGUCUCAGCCUAGUGCAGAAAAAUCUGCUGCACCGUUUCCAAACGUCCUCCUCAGUCCUGAUGGCCACCUGCCAUGCUUGCAGUAAGACAUCCAGACACAAAGGAAUGAACAGGGAUUUUAUAGCUACCCUCGCUAAGACCCACAGCACGCCGGGGAGUGCUGCCAAACACAAGACACCUCAGUCCACCAGUAGAUCCAGCAUGACUACCCCCAAGACUCCUGGCAAAGACAAGACACCUGUUCAUACAUCGAGGUCAUCCACCUCGUCCAGCUCCUCAGGGUCAAGCUCAACUUCCUCCAAGCCGCCCAAAGCUAAAAAUUGGGUCGUCCAGCGUCUGAGCAAGAUUCUCAUGCGAGAGGACAACGAGAGUGGCAAGAAAAGGGGGUUGAAAGAUUUUCUGUCCUCACUUUGAGUAUCUCUUUGUCUUGAAGGUUAUACUUCAAAAACAAGGGAAUUAGACCCAUGUUGUAACCUGUUUACAUCAGAGGAUAAGGGGGAGCUUAAAUAACUAACCUCAGGUUCCAAACCGGCGAAGGAAGGGUUACAGUUGGCCCACCAACACUGCUGUUGCUGGGCUGAUUGGAAUGGCGUUCCUGGAAUCCUGAAUGUAACAACUGAGAGCACUGAGCUAUUAAUCACUUAGUGCAUCUUCUGCUGAGUCAGACAGAGGUUUGUUUCCAUUGUCUACUUUAGGACAUGCCUCUUGUGAUCUCCCAAACUGGGGAUGUUACUCUUAGUAAAAUGUUAUUCAUCAAAUUUCUGGAACAUCACAGGAAGCCCAGCUUUAUUGUGUGGUGGCCGUUGUGGCAUGAAAAGCUGGUUUACAUGCCAAUAUCUUUCUGCGUUUUGAAUUUUUUUCUUAAGUUACAAUUAUACAUUCAUAUGACAAGUGUAUAUGUGUAACAAAUCACUAUUCAUGCUAGUUUUUGUUAAAACAUUUGUAUGUGUCUCUCCAGUUGGGAGAUGUCUGUGUAACCUCAUUUGUCAUAGCAUAAGUUCAUCACAACAGAGUGGCAAAUGUAUAGAUGCUAUAGAUGCCUCUGCUUCAUUUGUGUAUGUGCAUAUAAAGGAUUUCGAAGCUGUGCAAAACAACGAUACAGUGUUUGUGGUUAUCAUCAGUUUCUGUUUACAUUGAGCAGGCUCAAAUGCCUAAAAUCUGUACAGAAAAAUACUUUAUAAUUAGUGUUGUCUAUACUUAAAUUUUUCUUUUGAUACUUUCUGUGGCUGUGUAUUUGAAAGGUUACUCUUUUCAUAUUGUUGUAAAGAGCAGGAAUAUUAAAUCUAUCCACUACAUUUUGUACUGCCUGAUUACCAACUCUGUUGUAGAUCAGCUGUUUAAUGAGCAGUGUGUGUUUAUAUCCUUAAAUACCUCACAUUUAUAUUCCACUUACUGUGACACUGAAAUAAAAUCUUUUCAGUCAUGAAA